UGAAUUGUAAUCGUCAUCGCAAAAAUUCUCUGGGAAUUGAUUUUUUCGUGUGGCCAAGCAUUAGGCAUUGCUUGUAAAAUCUCAAUCUCCUUCCGAUUUAUUUGAACACUCAUUCGGGAAUUUUAUUUGAUAAAUUAACUUUUAUGGUUUCCAGUUAUUGGCAAAAUAAAAUAUAUGGCAAUUUUUUUUUGUUUCUCAAUUCUUGAAGAAUAGAACUCGUUCCACGUUUUAUUUUUUACGAAAAAAAAUUAUGUUUGCGAUGUUUUAACCAACUUCAAAAAUUGUCUAAGUAUUAUUAUUUUUUCUGUUUCUUGGGACUGAUUAAAAAUUAAUGGCAAAAGUGAUCGCAUCCACUGAAGAAAAGAGACACAACAAACAGAACAAACGUACGUUCAGUCUGAACAACGCGCCAAAACCAACUGAAUCAAAUUCAAAUUUUCAAAAGCCGACACACUAUGCGGCGUGUAUGUGAGUGAGUGUUCCGUUCGAAAUGUGCGGAGAGCACGCUCGCCCGCCCGCUUUCGUUACUCAUUCACUUAAACGCGGACUCACUCUUUCUCUCUUUUUCCCCAAUCGCCCAUCGACCAUGUGUGUAGUAUAACAGCUGUGUGGCGUAAGCUUUUCGUUCACGCAGCAUAUCUCAUUUAUAUUAUUCGCGCGGCGUGUGCGAGGAAAGAGAGAGAAAGAUAGAGAGGGAGAGAGAAUAAGAACUUGACGGCUGUUAUCACCGCGCUAACUGCUUCACAUCUCUCAUACCUGUGAUUGAUGAAUGCCACUAAUGUUGUAUGUGAAUCAUAUAUUAAACUAGAUUUCAACGCGAUUUCGAUUCCUAUUCAAUGAACAAACGGACACAAGAAUAGGUUUAGAUUGAAUAUUAGUAGAGUUUUUGGGGUUUAUUUGUCAUUCAAUCCGCUUGUAUUAAGCGUGAAUAAAUGGUGAGAACACUAAGGACUAGAGAUCAAUAUUUCGUUCUUUAUACAAAAUUUACGCAAAAAAAAUUGACAUUACAUUUUCUACCAAAUGAACUUGACCGUUUCAAAUUUAAUUCCAAUCACCCUAGCGUAGCCAUAUGACAACAUCUAGUGGCUUACUCUAUUCCUAUUAGGAAAAAAAACCAAACUGCCUCAGAUAUUGUCAAACGUGAGCUCGUGUUUAAUGUUCAAAGAAUGUCCUCUUCAAUUGAUAUGUCACAUAAAUUAAUAACUUGAGUUUAAAAAUGUGAACAUACUAAAGUUGACUCAUUUUUAAAAUGGGACAUUUUUUUAGACUAUCAAAAAUGACGAAAAUUUGAUUUCUCUUUAUUUUACUGUUACGUUAUUCUUCAGAAAUGCUGUAAAUGUUUUUAAGUGCUCUAAUCUAGGCUUUAAUGAUGGAUUGGAUCAAGCUGUUGAUACAUUGUACUGAGUCAGAAAACAUUAUUUUCACUGAUUUUUUCGAGUGGCCGUUUUUGAUCACAACAACAAUAAUAUUCAAUAUCUGGCCUUAAUUUAAAAUAAAAUUUAAAAAAUACAGUUUUUUCUCAGUACUUGAAGAUAUUAUUCCAAAAAUAUUUUCAAAAUCGGGACGAUUUCCAACUAAAUAUUUUUAAUACACGAUCUAAAGUAUACAUGUAUUCAUACCGAAUUCCAGAUAGCAUUUAUUACUGAGAUAUUAGGUCCCUACGGUCAUUUUGUGAUAUUCACCAAUUCAACUUUAAGUUGACAACUGAUUUCCUAAGAAAUCUCAUUCAAUAAAUGACUUCCAUAUCUUCCAUGGAAAAACCAUGCUCUGAAUCACAAAGCAUGAAUAAUGUAGCCUUUUCAAAAGAAAAUUGAUAACCAUCGGCAUCGUAACCAAAAUGAAUAAAUAAUAAAUUGACAACAACAGCACGAAAAAUCGCUUUAUCCAAUCUUGAUGUCAUAUUUGCAUGCUAUCGAUAGCGAUUCAAAGAACAAAAAUGUUUGUUUUCCUUUAGUAACUCAUUAAACGGUAAACUUUAUUCAACGGAUAAAUGAAGCAAAUUUAUCAAAUUGACUGCGAAAUACAGAAUAUUGUAUUACAAGCGUCGAGUAAAUUAAUCAUUCUUUUAUUCCCAGAAUAAGAGUUUAAAACAUUUUUUUUCAAGAUCUUCCUUUUAUUAUCAAAAUAUUGAGCUCAUAAAUUCUAAUCGCCGCACGAAAUGCAUGACACAAUGUCAACAAAUCACCGCGUGUACAGUUCAAUCCAGCCUAAUUGAGAUAUUUGCUUUUAACAGCUUCUGUGCAAAGAUGAUUUGUGGCCGACAAUUCAAUUGUGUUUACACACAAUCGGACGCUAGACACGAUUUUCCGUAUUUAAAAUGGAAACAAAAGAAUAUUAGACGAAGCACAUUAAAACAUAUGGAGACAACAUAUUGGGUAUUAAUAUUGAAUUUCGUGAUUUAUUUCAUUUGGAUGAAACAUUCUAGCACGGUGUUAGUAGCACCAUUGGGUCGAAUAUUCAUUGUUGCCAUCCGUUGUACGAUGUUACUCCAGUGUUGCCAAUAGCGCACACAAACCGGCUAACUUGAUUGAAACACACAAAACACAAGCAUGUCACAUUGCGCUCGAUUUCUUCACAUUUGACAGAAUUAUAAACAGAUGACAGUUUGAAAAUAUCUUUGCUAGUGAAAAGGCACAUUUGCCACACAACGAAUUUACAAGUUAACCGCAUUAGAAUAAAAAACAUUAAAAAUUUAAACUAUUCCAAUUCGCAAAGUGCCAUUAGACGAAUCCGAUAUCUUGAAACAGUAAAGAUGAGUCCACCGAAAGCUACACAAAAAAAGCGUAAGGCAGCUGAAUUGGAAGCGGAGAAACCAGCAAAAGAACAACCGUCAUCCAAAGCCAGAAAAAAUGAAGCGAACGGACGUAUAGCCAACAAACCAAGCCAUCGCAACGAAAUCGUAAAGCGACCGAAUAAAAUUGGGAAUUUGUUAAGUUGCGGUCAAAAUGAAGUGGGUCAGCUUGGAUUUGACGAUGAUAUUAUUGAAAAAACGCGUCCAGCCCUCGUUGUCGACAGUUUAAAAGCAAAAGUGGUCGAUAUUUCGGCCGGUGGAAUGCAUAGUUUGUAUUUAACGGCGGACGGUGAAGUGUGGUCAUUCGGUUGCAAUGACGAAGGCGCACUUGGUCGCGAUACAAGCGAAGAGGGAUCCGAAUAUUCGGCACAAAAAGUCGAUUUACCAAAAGAUUGCAUCCGAAUUACGGCGGGUGAUUCACAUUCAGCAUUUUUAUUGAGCGAUGGUCGAGUCUUUGCAUGCGGCUCAUUUCGUGAUUCACACGGAACGAUGGGUUUGAAUAUGAAAGGAAAACAACAAACGCCAGUCGAAGUGGUGGCCGGCGAAGAAUUUGUCGACAUCAAAUCUGGUGCCGAUCAUUUGGUGAUGUUGUCUGCGCUUGGAAAAGUGUUUACCGUUGGCUGUGGCGAGCAAGGACAACUAGGCCGUGUCAGUUCACGAGCAUCAUCGGGCGAAACACGACGAGGCAAGGGCCAACUGUUGCAGCCGGGUCUUGUCACUGCACGAAAUAUCAAUUUUAUCGAUGCCAUUUGGACGACCACAUACUGCACGUUUAUCAAAAACCGUGCCAACGGAACGGUGUACGGCUUUGGUCUGAACAACUACAAUCAACUUGGCAUUGUAAAGAAGAAUACGGAAACUGUGUUCGCACCGCACAAAACACCGUUUGAAAAUGUUGAAUUGAUCACGGGUGGACAGCAUCACACACUCGUUUUGACAAAUGACAAAAAAUGCUUUGCCAUUGGCCGUACUAACUAUGGACGCUUGGGCUUGGGCAACACAACCGAAGAAUCCAUUGACAAAUUGACGCGAAUCGAUGGGCUGGCCAAAUUAAACGUGGUGCUACUCGAAUGCGGUGAAAGUUGCUCGUUUGCUGUUACCAGCGAUGGCAAAGUGUACAGUUGGGGCAUGGGUUCGAAUCAACAGCUCGGGCUCGGCUCCGAUGACGAUCAACUCGUUCCGACUCUUUUGACCGGCGUCCAAGUGAAAGACCGAGAAGUAAUCAACGUAUCAUCGGGAGGCCAACACACACUUUUUAUCGCUGCUGACAAGUCGACGACGAAAUGAACAUAGUUUUUUUUUAUCGAUGUGUUCAUUUCAAACGGAUUUUCAUUUUAAAUCUGUACAAAUUCGUAUUAUUUUUUUAAAAUAUGCAUAUAUUUCGCAAUUAGUUUUUUUUAAACAUUCGCAUCGUUACUAAUGAAUCCAAAAUGCAACACACGGCUCAAAGUUUCGCAAUAAGAACGUGUAUCUUUCUGUAAAUUUGCUCCCUCUUGCGUGCGCGUAGGAAUGCUACUACAUCGAUCGAGAUGUUUUUGGAAAUUUUAAUGUGAAAAAGUAUGUAUAUAUCGGAGCAGAAAGUUACAAUAAAUUGAGUUUACACAUUAAUUCUUAGACUAAUGUUUUUCUACAUUUUCAAAGAAUGUACUGUACAUUUCCCAUUUGCAAUUUUGAUGCAAUCGAAUAAAUUAAUAAAGAAACUAAA